AUGGCUCGACGCCUUGAAGAGCCCUCAUUCGAAGCCUCUCACACACGCAAUGUUCACCUAUAUGACAAUGAAGGUCAAAUUCUUGGAGAUGUUUUCCAAAAUGGCUCCUUGACACACCGCCGUUUUUACAACUUCUGCUCGCGCUUCCUCGUUUUCCCGCCCGAAAAUGCGCAAUGGCGUAUAUUUGCACUUAAUCAUGAUGGUUCUGCUGGAAACCAGAUUGCUGCGGAUGCAACCAAUCUUGCUCCCGGGCGCUACAUAAUUCUCGGGCCCGAUGGUACUCCAGUUCCUGUCUCUCUCAGCGCCGAGCCAUACCCUCGUCGAGUUCUAUCACGAACGGCAGAUAGCAAAUUGACUCCGAAGCGAGCGUAUUUUCGACAAGUUGUAAGAUCCCGUGACCGUGACUGCAUGAUAAGUGGCAUGCGGAAUCCUUUGGCUGAUCUCGGGAGAUACACUGGCCUUGAAGUCGCGCACAUCUUUCCCCAAGCUAGAGUAAUUGAAUGGAGACAAAGGGGCUUCCAGCAACUUGUCACGGACAAUUCGGCAGCUUAUCUCAUUGGGACUUCAAAGAUCCAUUCGCCACAGAACGGUAUCCUGCUUUCAAGUGUUGUCCACGCACUUUUUGAUAACUUUUCACUUUCUAUCAACCCAGACGAUGGCUACCUAAUUACGUCAUUUAUGCCCGACACUCUUGGAAUUGAUGGUCGUAUCCUCGACCCUCGAUGCCGAAACGAUGCGGAUAUCAAUAGAGUCAACGACCACCUUCUUCGUUGGCAUUUUCACACAGCUGUUGUGGCAAACAUGAGAGGAGUGGCCACGGAACCGCCCUGGGAAAUGGAUUUUCCUGACGGUGAUAUGAUGGGAGAGAUUCUGGAAACACCCGAUGCAGCUCUGCGAAUGGAGACUGAAUUAUUUCAUCGUCUUGGCUCUGGCGAAAAUGCGUUUGAUGAGGGGAUACAAGCUGAAUCCUCACAAAAUAUAUGUAUUAUAACUUAG